CCUACAACAUUGAACGAAAACAAGAAACGAGUCUUGGGAGGACCACAUCGUGCCGAUAUAGCGAUUGCCGGAAGUCAAUACCUUGCGUCGAUGCAAGGUGGGACGGUGAUGACGCUAAACGAAAUGUUUUUCGAGGGCAACGAAGCCAUCUAA